GGAUUCUUUUCACGCGGCGUCACCGGAUACAAAAAACUUUUUUCCAUACUCUACAAAGGGCUGUUGCGAUAUGUAAAGUCCCAGCCAAAACUGAACUCUCGCUACUACGACAAAAUGGAACAGCUUUUGGAUAAUCUAAUGGAAUACGCUGCUCGAUCGUACGAUGUGGAUGAGAAUGAUUUCCAGACCCUAGCCCAUGGAGAUUGUUGGACAACAAAUGUGAUGUUUAAAUAUGAUGACAAAGGCAAACCAUCUACUUGUUUGCCCAUCGAUUUUCAAUUUACUACUUGGACUUCUCCGCUGGUUGAUUUGCAUUACUUUUUUAGCACUUCGCUGCAGGAGGAUGUACUAAGUCGACAAGCGGAGCUGAUCCAACACCAUUACUACGCUUUAAAAGAGAAUCUCCAGAGACUCAACUAUAAAGGCGUGUUACCUAGUUUGCAUGAAUAUCAUCUACAGUUCGAUCGACGUCGUUUUAUGGCUGUGCUGAUUUCAACAGUAUUUCAGCCAUUGAUGAUAUACCAAGGCAAAGAGGAACCAGAUUUCAUGUGUCUAUAUGAUGAAACACCGAAAGCUAUACGGUUUCAGGAUUCAAUGUAUGAAAGUGAAAGAGUGCAGGACAUGGUGGCUAAGCUCCUGUCAAUAUAUGAUGCCAAAGGAUUGCUUGAUCAGCAAUAAAAAAAACACUUAUCAAUUACUAAUAAUGCUUUAAAGAUUCUUUGUUUAUAUAAAUAAACAUUAUUUUACACACAA